AUGCCGCACGUUCUCGAGCAGCGCCCGGAUCCAACCCCUGUCGGCGGCGGCAUCAACAUCCGUCCAGGAGCUAGUCGGCUUCUUCGGAGUUGGGGUUUGGCUGAAGGGCUGGAGCAGAUCUGCGACAUCACAACCGCCAAUGCCCUUCGAAGCCUCAAGACUGGGCAGGUCGCUACUCGUACCAUUGCAACCGAUAUCUCCGAUUCCCCAGACCUGGGGACGAACAGAGACAUACUGAUAUCGCUUUUGCAUAAGAGUGCCCGCGAAGCUGGUGCUAUACUCCUGUUUAGCACCACAGUCUCCCAAGUCACGGAGAGUUCUCAAGAAGCUCAAGUAUGGCUUGGAGACGGCACAGUUCUGCAAGCAGAUCUGGUUCUGGCGGCAGAUGGAGUCAAGUCCACAAUUCGGAAACACGCUCUGCAGGGGUGUUUGGGACCAAUCGAGCCUGUUGUCAGCGACUACACACUCUAUGGCAUCUGCUUGAAUAGGGAGCAGAUGAUUGGCGAACCGGCAUUGAGCCCCCUGAUGGAUAACUCAUACAUCAACGUGUACAUGGGCGAGAACGGCUUGGUGAACGUGACGAGCAGGUACAAUCACAAACUCGGGAAAUUCCAAGCGUUGUUCUGUAUCAAAGGCGACACCGACCAGAAGGGACUGUGGGACGAAGAAGGCGACAUCCAAUAUGUUCGGAAGGCAUUCCGGGGCUCCUGCGACGAGAUUGUGAAACACGCCAUGUACCCCAGCGCUGCGCAAGGGUAUUCACUGGUUGUGGAAGAUAUCGGUGUUCUCGACUAUCUUGCAUCCAAAACUCAAAACCCGGAAGCCAACUUGAAGGGGAUUAGCGAGGACUGGCAAAAUUUGAGAAAGACCAGAUGCGAACGAAUCAAAGCCUGGUCAAAGUACAACAUAGAAAUAUUCUCAAGGCCACCGCCCCAGAUGAAGACCUCGGAUUCCGGUUCGUGGCAGUACAGGUCGCUGAAGAACACAAAGGGCGACAUGAAUGCCAGGCUCGGCUCGGCCUCCUUCCUUAAAUGGGCACAAGGAAUCGAUGCGAUUGAAGCGGUCGGUCACUGA